GUGAUUAACACAGAGAAGAAGAUCACAGUGGUACCUGCAGUGUUCAGCUUGAGCUUUGAAAGAACUCGAUCUUAUGAAUGUAUCAUCCUGACUCAUUUUGUUGUGUACUGAUCUGUGGCUCUACCAGUGGACAGAAUUCAUUCCUCUUCUGUUGUCGAUGAGGCGUUGCCAAGCAGCAUGUCUGUUUCAGUGAUUAUCAAGUGGGGCGGACAGGAGUACUCCAUUAGCACUCUGUCCGAGGAGGACACCGUUUUGGAUCUGAAACAGUCCAUUAAAUCUCUCACAGGAGUUCUGCCUGAACGACAGAAACUGUUGGGGUUGAAAGUGAAAGGUAAACCUGCAGAUGAUGAUGUCAAGCUUGGUGACUUGAAGUUGAAGCCCAAUACCAAAAUUAUGAUGAUGGGCACUAGAGAAGAGAGUCUGGAAGAUGUUCUAGCCCCUCAUCCUGAAAACGAUGAUGUUGUCAAUGACUUUGACAUUGAAGAUGAAGUGACUGAGGUUCAAAACAGAGAGGAGAAUUUGGCCAAGAUCGCUCGUCGGGUGAAGGAUUACAAAGUUGACGAGUUAAAUCCACCAAGACCAGGAAAAAGACUCCUUGUGUUAGAUAUUGACUAUACACUAUUUGAUCACAAGUCGUGUGCAGAGACAGGACAGGAGCUGAUGCGACCAUAUUUACAUGAGUUUCUUACAUCAGCUUAUGAGGAUUAUGAUAUUGUCAUCUGGUCUGCUACGAGUAUGAAGUGGAUUGAUGCUAAAAUGAAAGAACUUGGGGUGACAGACAACCCAAACUACAAGAUCACCUUCAUGCUGGACAGUGCAGCCAUGAUCACUGUGCACACACCUAAAAGAGGAGUUGUAGAGGUGAAGCCUUUGGGAGUAAUAUGGGGUAAAUACGGUGAGUUCUACAACAGGAAGAACACAAUUAUGUUUGACGAUAUUGGAAGAAACUUCCUCAUGAAUCCACAGAAUGGACUGAAGAUUAGACCAUUCAUGAAGGCUCACUUAAACCGUGAGAAAGACAAAGAACUGUACAAGUUAUCUCUUUACCUGAAGGAGAUCACCAAACUGGAUGACUUCUCAGGGCUCAACCACAAGCACUGGGAAAGGUACCUCUCAAAGAAACAGGGUCUGUAACAUUUUAGCAUUGAGGACAAGCCAUAAGCAAUCAUCUAGAACAGGAUUGGUGCUGGAAACAGCUUUUGGAGCAGCUUUUCUUUCUCCGUAUCUUGCAUGGCUCAUUGUAUAUCUAUCUCUAUAGUGGGUCAUUACUGGAGGAAAAAAAGAUUCUAGCACUUGUACUCCUCAAAAAAAGUUUACCUCAAUUGUCAUUGAAAAGCAUUCAAGAGAUAAUUGCAUCAACUGCAGCUAAAGCAAGCAUGAUGAUCCUCUUACUAAACUUUCUGCCUGUUACUCAACAUCCUCUAAUUUAUGUCAACCAUGAUCAUUUGGUAAUCUGUAAUUCUGUUUAUUAUGGAGUCCUAUUAUUAUCUAGUUUAACGAUAAUUUAGAUGUGUAUUAACUUUUUAUUUAAACUCUUAUUGCAUUUUCAUCAUAGAAGGAUGUAUAGUGGAUAAUAACAGCAUCACUAUCUUUUAACAGUUGAACAUCAUUUCAAUUUUUACAUGCAGUAUAUAGAACUGAUGAUGAAGUUUCAAUGGUACUCAUGAAAGGAAGGUGUAAUUGAUCAACAUCUUCAAUAUGACCAAUUGAACUGGUUGUCUCUUCUUUAAAGAAGCAAAGAGAUGUAAUUAUUUCAGACAGCACAUACAGUAAGAGGUCUAUAGAUUUUGCUGCUUUUUGGCCAGUGAAAGCAUGAAAUUAUCUAAAUUAACAAUGAUGGACAUUUAUGUUUGCAUGCAAGCGUUUUUUAAAUACAGGACAUAGUUCAUAAAGGAAUAGUUC